ACCUUUCCGCAGUCUCUCAUUUUUUCCACUUUCAUUUCAAACAAACCAAAAUAUCAACUCUCUCUCUCUCUCUCUCUCUCUUUCUCUCUCACACACUCCCUUUUCUCUCACACCCCCUCCCAAUAAUGUCCUCCCCGGAGAAUCUCCCCUUAGAAACCGCCCAAAAAAUCAUCCUCCGAUGGGACUCCACCGCCUCCGAAGAAGCUCGCGAGAAAAUGAUCUUCGAUCAUACAACCAACCGCGACGAAAUCGAUCUCUACCUCCAAGCCGUCGAUGAAAUCCAACGCUCCAUAUCCUCUGCCUCCCUCUCCGAUAACCAUCACUCCAAUCCCUCCUCCACCAUCCAGAUCGCCAUGGCUCGCUUAGAAGACGAGUUUCGUAACAUCCUUAUCUCUCAUACCAACUCCAUCGAACCUCCCUUAGAUGAAGACUCUUCGUUCUCUUCUUCAACAACAGCAAAACGACAUCACGACUUCAAAAACGACGAUGAUGAAGAUAAUAACGAUGACGAUGACCAAAACGACGCUAACCUUCUGCGUUUUGAUAGUACUUGCUCUGUUGCUACCACUGCCACUUCCUCAAGCUACCGUUCUACUAGCAGCAUCCGUGAGAUCGAUCUGAUACCUUCCGAAGCGGUUUCCGAUCUCCGAUGUAUCGCCGAUAGAAUGAUUUCCUCCGGUUAUCUUCGCGAAUGUAUUCAGGUUUACGGGAGUGUGAGAAAAUCGGCUGUCGAUUUGAAUUUCAAGAAACUCGGUGUUGAGAAGCUGAGCAUAGGUGAUGUUCAGAGAUUGGAUUGGGAGCAGCUCGAGACGAAGAUUCGGAGAUGGAUUCGAGCUGCGAAGGUUUGUGUUCGAACGCUUUUCGCGAGUGAGAAGAGGUUGUGUGAACAGAUUUUUGAAGGGAUUGGUACUUCUAUUGAUGAUGCUUGUUUUAUGGAAACUGUGAAAGGUCCUGCAAUUCAGCUUUUCAAUUUCGCGGAAGCGAUUAGUAUUAGUCGUAGGUCGCCGGAGAAGUUGUUUAAGAUUCUUGACCUGCAUGAUGCUUUGAUGGAUUUGAUACCUGAUGUUGAUGUUGUUUUUGAUUCGAAGUCGUCUGAGUCGAUUAGGGUUCAGGCGGCGGAGAUUUUGUCGCGGUUAGCGGAGGCUGCUAGGGGGAUUUUAUCUGAAUUUGAGAAUGCUGUUUUGAAGGAGCCUUCUAAGGUUCCGGUUCCUGGUGGGACGAUUCAUCCUUUGACUAGGUAUGUGAUGAAUUACAUAAGCUUGAUUUCGGAUUAUAAGCAGACUUUGUAUGAGCUUAUUGUUUCGAAGCCUUCGACGGGUUCUUAUGAUCCUUCGAAUCCUGAUAUGGAUUUCGAUGAACUCGAAGGGAAACCGCCUUUGGCUAUUCAUUUGAUUUGGAUUAUUGUGAUAUUGCAAUUCAAUUUAGAGGGGAAGUCGAAGCAUUAUAAGGAUGCUUCUUUGAGUCAUUUGUUUAUUAUGAACAAUGUUCAUUAUAUUGUUCAGAAGGUUAGAGGGUCGCCGGAGUUGAGGGAAAUGAUCGGGGACGAUUAUUUGAAGAAGUUGACUGGGAAGUUUCGACAGGCUGCUACUAGCUAUCAGAGAGCAACGUGGGUUAGGGUGUUGUAUUGUUUGCGAGAUGAAGGGUUACACGGGAGUGGUGGAUUUUCUUCUGGUGUGUCGAAAAGUGCUUUGAGGGAAAGGUUUAAGGCUUUUAAUGCGAUGUUUGAGGAGGUACAUAGGACUCAAGCUGUUUGGUUGAUACCGGAUUCGCAACUUAGGGAGGAGCUUCGGAUAUCUAUAUCUGAGAAGCUGCUUCCUGCGUAUAGAUCUUUCCUUGGACGGUUCAGGAGUCAUAUAGAGAGCGGAAGACAUCCGGAGAAUUACAUUAAGUAUUCUGUCGAGGAUCUGGAGGAUGCUGUUUUGGAUUUUUUCGAAGGGAUUCCUGUUUCGCAGCACACGAGAAGGAGAUCUCAGUGAUGAUGAUGGAGUGAAAGUUUUUUGCAACUUAUUAGAAGCUAGGACAAAAGAUUCUUUUAAUUUUUUUCACUGGAGUGUUCAGGUCAUUUUUAGUGCUGCUGCUAGUUAAUCUGAGAUUUCUGUUGCAAGCUCUCUAUCUCGAGUGCUUCCAUGAUUCGCCAUCAAGGAUUCUUCUCAGGAAGAUUGGUAUGGCUUAUGAAAAGCCGAAGUAGUUCUCAGCCUGAAUGCUGCUUCAUGUAAGCAUGUUAUUUGAUUUCAUACCACAUUCUAGAUUUUGUUUCUUCAUUUUGUUUAUAUUGGAAUCUAUUGUUGUUUGUGUGGUUUUGUUAAUUAUUAAUCUUUAAGGUUACUCAGAAAGGUGUUUCCUUUGUAGCUUCAAAAGGAAUUCUAUACAAUGUGAUAGUUUUGGAAA